GUGCCUUACUUUUUGAACCCAAAAAUCGGCUUCAAUCGCGGAAAAAAAAACACCAGGUCUCCACCAAAAAGAGGAGGGCCCUGAGACCAAAAACCCCUUUUUGACUCCACAUUUCAUUCCUUAUUCCCGUGGGGGCUGCGGCACGGGAGUCCUUGUUAGUACAUCAUCACAUUUCUAAGUUGCACACGAAGAUUCUCAUCCUUUUAUUCUUUACCUCCACGACGUCUUAUCUCGUCGGGUAGUUACAAGUUACGUGACCUGGGUGUUUUAGGUUCAUCUCGUCCAAACUAUCCAACUGCAGUAAACCAGGUUCUAGAUCAUGUUGAUCUAGUUCCUGGUGUAGUUACAUAAGUAGCGAAGCAGGAGUUAUCAUCAAUAUGGCCACAACAGCAGCCGGUGCCGCGGCAGCCCUUUCUUCGACCAGCUAUUCCGCAGCUUCGAGCCAGCAUGGCAGCGAGCGAGAGCACUAUGGUGUUGGUGGUGUCAACCACAUGGCCGCGAGGAUCCCCCCAAUCCCGACCUCUUCACGGUCACAACUGAGUGCCGGCACCGGCAUCAGCGGAGCGGGGUCAGUGGCGGGGGAGAUGGUGACCGCUGGUGGGACGAGCAGCAGCAGCGCGGCGAUGUUUAGUCGACCAAUAAACUUAGCUGCUUCACCAGGAGCACCGGUGAGCGGGGUUGCGAAUCCGAACCUUUUGUAUCAUAGGACCACCUCCGCGGCGGCCACAAGUAGCAGCACUACAACUGGGCCGACGAUGGCACACCUACUUCAUCCGGCUUUCGACCUGGUAAACGGGACGACAGCUAGUAUUAGUAGUAACAACGCAGUGAUAUACGACGUCGACGACUUAGUGUACCAGGAAGUACAGAAAGCCGCCCAGCAGAAGCUGCAUCUGUCGCACGAUUUUCCGAAACCCAGUGCUGCCACGCUCGCCUUAUUAAUGAGGGCCAGCUCGGGACAGCAGGCCGCGUCAACAUCGUUGUUGAAAAAAGCGGGAAAUAAAGAUAGCAGCAACUACAAGGGGGCGCAAAUACCCACCGCGACAGCAACGUCCUUGUCAAAGACCAAAGGCGAAGAUGAGGAUCAGCCCAGCAAACUCGGACCCGGUGAUGGCGAGAUAGAGUCGAUUCCCUCGUGCGGAAAGCAAAUCUCGCGCAGCACCAGCGCUUGCACCGCCGGUGUUCUGUCACCCGGCAAUCGGAAGACAAACAGUACGGCGAGCAGCUCUUACCCGUCUGGAGAGCUCCUUAACGAAGUAGCGGUAGAAGAGAUGUUGAACCUGAACGGAGCUCCAACAGGAACAAGACAGCAUGUUGAGAACACCACCACGACGAUAACAUCAAAUCCUCAAGACGUAGACAGCGCGACGCUGGAACUGCAACUGGAGGCGCAGCGACCGCCGGAAAAACCGCGAGAAUUGUUUGCGACGAAGGUACCGGUCGUUCUUGGUGUUGACGACAUGGGGACGCAGUCGAGCACGAGUUCCUUCCAGCAACAGGACAUAGCUGGGAAGCUGUACAGCCAGAGUAUCAGAGACUACAGGAGCAAUGCGAACAACGAAUUCUACCAUGCAGGGACCUCUACAGGAUCUUCUUUAGCGACGAGUAAAAAUCAAGCAGUCACAACUACUUGUUCAGAUAUCGCAGGUCGUAUCGACCAGCUGCAUCAGCACCGCCCUCCCUCAGGCAAUACAAGCAAACGCGGUGUUGACAACUCGCGAUCCCAGCACCUGUACCAGCAAAACCGCGACCUGAGACAAUUGGCUGCGCAACAGCACCUCCGCGAGGAACAAGAUGAGGAAAUUUUCGUGACCCACACCAACUUGGCGCAAAUCUGCAGUCCGUUGUUUUUGAAAUGGGAGAAGCAUGCGCAUUGCAGCACGGAUUUAAUUCUCCUGACCAGGUUCGCUCGGCUGCUUAACCUACAGUCUUCCAUUUACGACGAGUUCGCGCGGAUCUACUUGCGGAUGAUGAAAAUGCUGCACUUGUGCGACUACCCAACCUCGGAGCUGGCUUCCGUUUUAGCCCACGCUUCCUCCUACUACAGCACUGUAACGGUUUCGAUGUCACAACCCAUGGCAGCGCUGGAAAGGGCAAACGUCAUCACGAUAUUGUACAGACUCAUUUUCUUGCUUUUGAUCAAUUGAGAUGGCAAGUAAGUAUGCAUCUCUGGGAGUCCUCGUUGAAGAUGUUGUGAUAGAUAAUUUGCAAUCAUUUCUUAGGCACUGCUAUCAUGAAAAGCCUGAGAUUGGAUCCCGAUGAACAAAAAUGCCGAGGAGCAAAAAAAACAAAUCAAAACUCAGGUGUUUCGUUGGGCAUAGUUACGCGCAAGACGAGUGCUGCCCGCUGCGGGUCUGGCACCAGUAUCUCUUCAACCGGUACUGCGAUUUGAGAACGUUGAAUCAGGCACUCAUCCGGAUCUUGAUGCUGCUCCGCUGGAACUUAAGGGUUCACGACGUCCAUGCGCGGCACAGAUUCCUCAUGCUCGAAGACGUGACAGGGGCAGGGACGAGAAGUGGCGUGGGCGAAGCUGAUCUUCUGGAAAGAUGACAAAAGGAGAAGAUGAACUUCUGCGGAAUUUAGGAUUGACGAUGUUCUCUCCAUAGAAUUUUUCAAAGCACGAUCAUCGCAUGAUUCAUACAGUCAGAAUCAAAAACGCAAAACCUUCGCCACAGCGAAACCACAGUACGUGCACGUGCGUGGCCGCCUAAG